AUGACCAAGAAUUCAGCGACAGCGAAAUUGAUGCGAGAAUGCAAAAUCCUCAUUUGGGAUGAAUGCACGAUGGCGCAUAAACUAGCUCUGAUGGCAGUUGACCGAACGAUGAAGGAUUUACGAGGUGAUUCGAGACGAUUUGGUGGGGCAAUGAUAUUGCUCUCUGGAGAUUUUCGUCAAACACUUCCCGUCAUUCCGAAAUCUACUGCUGCCGAUGAACUUAAUGCAAGCUUGAAAUCGUCGUUUUUGCGGCGGCAUCUCAAGAUGUUGAAAUUGACCACGAACAUGAGAGUUGAGUUGCAGAACGACCCAUCGGCUACUGAAUUAUCGAGACAACUGCUGGCGCUUGGCAAUGGCCAAAUUCCGGUUGAUGUUUUGAAUGGAUUGAUAUCGUUCCCGGAAAAUUUUUGUGAGUCGAAGGAGGAACUCAUUACAAAAGUGUUCCCAAGCAUUGAACACAAUUAUAAAAAUCUUGAUUGGAUAAGUGAACGGGCAAUACUAGCAGCGAAGAAUAGGGACGUCGAUAGCUUGAAUUGUAUUAUUCAAAGUAAAAUCGAUGGAGAAUUACGUUCGUACAAAUCCGUUGAUAGCGUGACCGACGAAAAUGAAGCGACCAACUAUCCGUCGGAAUUUUUGAACUCGCUUGAUGUGCCAGGAAUUCCGCUGCAUAAUUUACAGCUAAAGAUGGGAUCGAUUAUUAUUAUGCUGCGGAAUCUACAUCAUCCAAAAUUGUGCAAUAGUACGCGAUUAUCCGUCAAGAAACUGAUGAACAAUGUAAUACAAGCAACGAUCUACAAGGGCAAAUUCAAAGGAGAGGAAGUCCUUAUCCCACGAAUUCCGAUCAUUCCUACAAAUCUUCCAUUUCAAUUCAAGCGGAUUCAGUUUCCCGUUCGAUUGGUUUUGGCGAUGACAAUCAAUAAAUCGCAAGGCCAAUCGUUGGAAGUCUGUGGGAUCAAUUUAGAAUUUUCAUGUUUUUCGCACGGUCAGCUGUACGUUGACAGUUCGCGUGUUGGCAAACUGUCUUCGUUGUUUGUUUUCGCGCCAGAAAACAAAACGAAAAACAUUGUUUAUCAUAUGGCACUCAACUGA